AUGAAGAGGAAUUUUAAAAGUAUACAAAAUUCCUCAACUUCUAUAGGAAAGAAUGAUAAAAUUACAAAAUCAAGUUAUGCGGAUGUCAACAUAAAUCUUGAAGAUCUUGAAAGUGACCCAGGAUUGAGAACACCGAUUAUGGACCAUCCUUUAAAAAUUUGUGAUCAAGUUCGGCGAACAUAUAUGCAAAAAGGUCCUUGUCAACCUCACCUCAAGCCAUUUCCAUCGACAAAAGUUGGAACUCAAUCAAGAGCAUUCAACGGUGCUUGGUAUGAGGAAUUUCAAAAUUGGCUUGAAUAUAGUGUAUCAAAAGAUGGUGCAUUUUGUCUGUAUUGUUAUCUGUUUAAAUCAAAUUGCAGAGGACAAUCAGGUGGUGAUUCAUUUGUUGGUCAAGGAUUCAGAAUUUUUAAAAAUGGAAAAGCAAGACUUAAUACUCAUGUUGGAGGUCCAUCUAGUGUUCACAAUCAAGCUAGGAAAAUGUGUGAAGCGUUAAUGAACGAAAAACAAAAUAUUCAAACAUUUUUUAAAAAACAAUCAAAGCAAGCUCGUAGUGAGUAUCGAAGUCGUUUGGAAGCAGUAGUUGAUUGCAUUCGUUUGUUAUUGCAACAAGGGAUUGCUUUUCGUGGUGAUGAUGAAUUUGGAGACUCGAGUAAUCAAGGUAACUUUCUUGAGAUUUUAAAAUUUCUUGCUAAUCAUAAUGAAGACAUCAAAGCAGUUACAUUGAAAAAUGCUCCUGAGAAUUUAAAAUUAACAUCACCUGAUAUUCAGAAAGAUAUUGUGAGGGCUGCAGCUUUUGAAACACUUGAUAUCAUUAUUAAAGAAAUUGGAGAUGCGUUGUUUUCUAUUUUAGUUGAUGAAUGUCGUGAUAUUUCAACUAAGGAGCAAAUGGCUGUUGUGUUGCGAUAUGUAGAUAAAGAUGGGCGUGUGAUUGAACGAUUUGUGGGAAUUGAACAUGUGGCCAAUACCACAGCUGUGUCACUUAAAGGUGCUAUUGAUAAAUUAUUUUCUAGAUAUGGAUUAAGUAUAUCUAAAUUGCGGAGACAAGGUUAUGAUGGGGCAAGCAAUAUGCAAGGAGAGUUCAGUGGUCUUAAAACUCUUAUUUUGAAUGAGAAUCCAUCAGCUUUUUAUGUUCAUUGUUUUGCUCACCAACUUCAACUUGCUCUUGUAGCUGUUGCAAAGAAACAUAUUCUAGUUGCUUAUCUUUUUAGUGUGGUAACUAUGGUGAUAAAUGUCGUUGGAUGUUCUUCUAAGCGUUGUGAUAUUCUUAGAGAAAAGCAAGAUGCUAUUAUUUCUGAAGCACUCAAGUGUGGUGAAAUUUCAAGUGGAAGAGGGCUAAAUCAAGAAACCAAUCUUAAACGUCCCAGUGAUACUCGUUGGGGUUCACAUUAUGCUACAUUGGUAAGCUUGAUUAACUUAUUCUCCCCUAUAACUAAUGUUCUUCAAAUAAUAGUAGACGAUGGGCGAGCAAACUUUGAUCAAAGGUUUGAAGCAAGUAAUUUAUUGUCUUUGAUGUUAACAUUUGAUUUUAUAUUCAGUCUACAUUUAAUGAAAGCAUUGUUGGGAAUAACAAAUGAAUUGUCAAAAGCACUACAGAGAAAAGAUCAAGAUAUUGCAAAUGCCAUGAAAUUAGUGGAAAUUUGCAAGAAAAGAUUACAAGCAAUGAGAGACAAUGAAUGGGAUUCCUUUCUUAAUCAAGUCUCAACCUUUUGUGCUAAAUAUAAUGUGGAUGUUCCUGAUAUGGAUGAUACAUUUGUUGCCCAAGGUCGAUCACGGCACAAAACUCAAGAAAUGACAAAUUUACAUCACUAUCGUGUGGAAUUAUUUUUUGUUGUUAUUGAUAUCCAACUUCAAGAGCUAAAUGAACAUUUCAAUGAGGUAAACACCGUACUACUUCUUUGUUUAGCUUCUUUGUGCCCUGGUGAUUCAUUUGUAGCUUUUGACAAAAAAAAGUUGGUCCGGUUUGCUAAGUAUUAUCCCAAAGACUUUUCUACUUUUGAGCUUAUGAUACUUGAUGAUCAACUUGAAACUUACAUUAUUGAUGUACGUACUACUGAGAAGUUCCUGGGUUUGAAAAGUAUUAGAGAUCUUGCUCAAAAAAUGGUCAAGACAAAGAAAAAUAUUGUCUAUCCACUGGUGUAUCGACUUAUUACAUUGGCAUUGAUUCUACCUGUUGUUACUGCUACGGUGGAAAGAGUAUUUUCUUCUAUGAAUAUUUUGAAAAAUAGAUUGCGUAAUCGAAUGGGAGAUCAAUGGAUGAAUGAUUGUUUACUUGUGUACAUUGAAAAAGACAUUUUCAAUAGCCUUGACAAUGAAGUUAUCAUGCAACGAUUUCAAAACAUGAAAACCCGUCGAGGCAGAUUGUAA